UUUUUUUUUUUUUUUUUUUUUUUUUUUGCACGAAGACAUUUGACGUCACGCUCAAAAUGGGGACCCGGAGCGGCGCGUAGACCGGAGAUGAAGACCUGCUGCGGCUCAGACUAACACCGCCGCCUCGGCCCCGUGUCCCUGCAGGAGGAGGAGGAGGAGGAGGGAGGAGGAGGGUAUCUGCGGGGCUUUAACGAUGAUAAUGCGGGCGUCGGGCGGCGGGUCGUCAUGGGGUGAGCGGCGGUGGCGUCGCGGGGCGCUGUUGCAUCUCUUUUGAACAAAAACACUCACGCACACGAGCAGCUCCACUUAGCACGCGAGCAGGUAAUUAGCUGACGUUAGCUGUGAGCGCGUGAGCUCGCCGAUGUGCGCGGGUCUGCUGGACGGCUUCACCUGGACGGCUUCACCUGGACGGCACCGUCCACUCACGAGGCUCCACUAUGGCCGAGAACCUGCUGAACGGACCCCCCAACUCCAAGCGGCCCAAGCUGAGCUCACCUGCCCUGACAGCGUCCGAGGGACCAGACCUGGGAUCACUAUCCUGGGAUGAUUUGGAGAAUGACCUUCCAGAUGAGUUGAUCCCUAACGGAGGAGAUCUGGGCCUGAUGGGGGGGCUGCCUUCAAACGCUGGAGCAGCACCUGGAGCCGGAGGGCCAGGAGGCCUCCCUGUUGUACCGGACGCAGCCGCCAAGCACAAGCAGCUCUCAGAGCUACUUCGAGCGGGUAGCACCUCCGGUAUCACAGGCGCGGGUCUGAACUCAGCCAGCCCUCAGCCAGGCGUUAUGGGGCCUCAGCUGGGCCCACCGCUGAGAAAGAGCCCCCACGGACAGGGUUCCCCCAACAACCACACGUCCCCCCAGGCCCAAAAGGCAGGAACGCCAACUGGAGUAGCAGGACAGAACAAUAAUAAUAAUACUGCGACAAUGGGCUUGAACACAACAGGCUUCAACCAGGCCAUGAUGAACAAUAGCCAGGGCCACGCUGGGCUCCUGGCACCGGGAGGGCAGUCCCAACCGGGGCAGGUGAUGAACGGUGGUCUUGUACCUGAAGCUGGGAGAGGACGGGGAGCGGGGCUGGCAGGCAUGCAGUACCAGGGGUCGACAAUGCAAGGAGCUGCUCCAGGACCAGGAGGAGCAGCGAGCGCUUUGGCAGAAACACUCACCCAGGGGGGGCAGCAGAUUGGGGCUCAUGCCACCCUCGGUGCAGCGCAGCAGGCAGGAAGCUUGAACAAGCCGGCGGCGAUGCUCCCGCUGGCCGGCGGCGGUGUCGUGGCGGUGUCUUCAGCGGGCCCCACAGCCGACCCAGAGAAGCGCAAGCUGAUCCAGCAGCAGCUGGUCCUGCUGCUUCACGCACACAAGUGCCAGCGGCGGGAGCAGGCCAACGGGGAGGUGAGAGCCUGCGCCCUGCCGCACUGCCGCACCAUGAAGAACGUCCUCAACCACAUGACCCACUGCCAGGCCGGCAAGUCCUGCCAGGUGGCUCACUGUGCGUCAUCCAGACAGAUCAUCUCCCACUGGAAAAAUUGCACAAAACACGACUGUCCCGUCUGCCUGCCGCUGAAGAACGCCAGCGACAAGCGCACCCAGCAACCCAUGCUGAGCUCCCCCAAUACGGGCCUCCAGAACCCCAUGUCCUCUGUUAGCGUGGGCCAGCCCAGUGCUCCCACCAUCAAUACCUCAACACCCAUAGACCCCAGCUCCAUGCAGAGGGCCUACGAGGCACUUGGGCUGCCCUACAGCAGCCAGACCACUGGGCAGGCCCGGGGGGCCCCGGGACAGACAGCAGGCGCACAGAACGCACAGGCCCAGCUUCCACAGAUGAGAUCCAUCAAUGCACUUGGUAACCAGAUGGCUCUUGGAGGUGCGACCCUGGCCGUGACCACUUCAGAACAGACGAACCUGCACACAGACUCCCUCCCCAACACACUCAACACUAACAAUCAGCUGCUGUCAGACGGGUCAGCGGUGGGCUCAACGGCCAACCUGCCCACAGCAUCACCCCUCUCUGCCACCGGCAUCAGGAAAGCGUGGCAUGAGCACGUCACUCAGGACCUGCGCAAUCACCUCGUACACAAACUAGUACAAGCCAUAUUCCCUACCCCUGACCCGGCAGCUUUGAAGGACAGACGAAUGGAGAACUUGGUGGCCUACGCCAGAAAAGUGGAGGGGGACAUGUACGAGUCCGCUAACAGCCGGGAUGAGUACUAUCACUUCCUGGCUGAGAAAAUCUAUAAAAUCCAAAAGGAACUGGAGGAGAAGAGGCGCUCAAGGCUACAGAAGCAAAUCAUCAACCAGGCACCUAUGGCCGCCCAGGGGACCCAGCAGCCCGGCCUUCCUCAGCCCAGUGCCUUCAGCCCUAGGCCACAGAAUGGACCUGUUCCUCUGCCCAACAUGCCAAAUCAGAUCAUGAAUCGCAUGCAGGUGUCCCAAGGAAUCAACCAGUUCAACCACAUGGCUCUGCCCAAUGCCCAAAUAUCCCAGACACCGAUGGGAGCCCGAGCUGCCUCACCCAUGAACCACCCGCAGCAAAUGAACAUGAGCUCCGUUCCAGCGAUGGGCUUGUCUCCCUCCAGGAUGCCCCAGGCCCAGGCCAUGAUAGCCGGACACGGCGGUGGUAACAUGGUAGGCCAGACGGCCAGCCAGGGACAGUUUCUGGCUCAGACCCAGUUCCCUCCAGGAUCAACUACAGUCACUGCCACGGGUGCCAUGAAUGUGACCGUGGGGCCCGGCAUAGGCCAGCCACCUGCACAGGCUGCCGUCACCCAGCAGCAGCAGCAGCAGCAACAACAACAACAACAACAACAACAACAGAGCGCUAACCUCCCCAUGAAUGCACUUGGCCCCUUGCUGGGCCCUCAGCUAGCCUCCUCCCAAACCCCUUUGCACACCACGCCACCUCCUCCUGCUGCCUCCUCCGCCUCCACGGCUGGGGUCACUAACCUGCCGCACCCCCAGCCCUCCAGCCGCAGCUCCACCCCCACCCUCCCUGGCCCUGCCCCCGCCCAGGGGGCCACCCCGCCCCGCCCCGCCCAGCCCCAACCCCAGGUGGAACUCCCUGCAGCAGCACAGACGCAGCCCCCACCUCAGCCCCCUACCACGCCGCUGUCUCAACCAGGAGCCAGUCUGGAAAACCGGGUGCCCACGCCGGCCUCAGCAGCCAGUGCCGACCUACACUCACAGCACGUCGGAGCAGACCUGCCUGUCCAGGAGGUCAAAACAGAGGCACACCAUGACCAACCAGAGUUUGAGGCCGCUGGCGGCAAAACUGAGCCCAAGAUGGAGACUGAGGAAGACUCUGCUUCAACAUCGGUUAAGAAGGAUGAGCCAGAGGAAAAGCCGGAGCCAAUGGAGGUGGAGGAGAAAAAAACAGAAAUUAAGACAGAACCCAAAGAAGAGGAAGAGGGUGGAGCCAACAGCUCAACCGCUUCAUCCCCCUCUCAGUCACGAAGGAAAAUCUUUAAGCCAGAGGAGUUGCGCCAGGCUCUGAUGCCGACUCUGGAGUCUCUCUACAGGCAGGACCCCGAGUCACUGCCCUUCAGACAGCCAGUAGACCCCAUGCUUCUGGGUAUCCCUGACUACUUUGACAUUGUUAAGAACCCAAUAGACCUGUCCACAAUAAAGCGCAAGCUUGACACAGGCCAAUACCAAGAGCCCUGGCAAUACGUUGACGAUGUCUGGCUGAUGUUCAACAACGCCUGGCUCUACAACCGCAAGACGUCCCGCGUCUACAAGUACUGCUCCAAGCUGGCCGAGGUGUUUGAGUCAGAGAUCGACCCUGUCAUGCAGGGCCUGGGAUACUGCUGCGGGAGGAAGUACGAGUUCUCUCCUCAAACCCUCUGUUGCUAUGGCAAGCAGCUCUGCACCAUACCUACUGGAGGCACAUACUACAGCUACCAGAACAGGUAUCAUUUCUGUGAGAAGUGCUUCAAUGAGAUCCAGGGGGAGAGUGUGACGUUGGGAGAUGAUCCCGCACAGCCACAGACGAUGAUAUCAAAAGACCAGUUUGAGCGGAAGAAGAACGAUGUACUCGACCCUGAACCGUUUGUUGAAUGUAAAGAUUGUGGACGGAAGAUGCACCAGAUAUGCGUCUUACACUACGAGGUCAUUUGGCCAUCCGGAUUCAUCUGUGACAAUUGCUUAAAGAAGAGUACAAAAACGCGAAAGGAAAACAAGUUUUCUGCAAAACGGCUGCAGUCGACACGAUUGGGAAUGUACAUAGAGGACCGUGUGAAUAAAUACUUGAAGAGACAGAACCACCCAGAGGCCGGAGAGGUGUUUGUGCGAGUGGUGGCGAGCUCUGACAAAACGGUGGAAGUAAAACCAGGCAUGAAAGCCAGGUUUGUGGACACAGGUGAAAUGCCCGAGACCUUUCCCUACAGAACCAAAGCACUUUUCGCCUUUGAAGAGAUUGACGGCGUGGAUGUGUGCUUCUUUGGCAUGCACGUGCAGGAGUACGGCUCUGAGUGCGCAUUUCCCAACACUAGACGGGUCUACAUAUCAUACCUUGACAGUAUUCACUUCUUCAGACCUCGGAUUCUACGAACAGCUGUGUACCACGAGAUUCUCAUCGGCUAUCUAGAAUAUGUCAAGAAACUCGGGUAUGCCCAGGGCCACAUCUGGGCGUGUCCCCCCAGUGAAGGAGACGACUACAUAUUUCACUGUCAUCCUCCUGACCAGAAGAUCCCCAAGCCUAAGAGGCUGCAAGAGUGGUACAGGAAGAUGCUGGACAAGGCCUUUGCAGAGAGGAUUCUGCAUGACUACAAGGACAUCUGCAAACAGGCGACAGAGGACCGUCUGACCAGCGCCAACGAGCUGCCGUACUUCGAGGGCGACUUCUGGCCCAACGUGCUGGAGGAGAGCAUCAAGGAGCUGGAGCAGGAGGAGGAGGAGAGGAAGAAGGAGGAAAACACAGCUGCCUCUGAAACCCCUGAGGGUACGCCAGGUGACAGCAAAAACGCUAAGAAGAAGAACAACAAGAAGACCAAUAAAAAUAAGAGCAGCGUCAGCCGAGCCAAUAAGAAGAAACCUGGGAUGCCGAAUGUAGCCAAUGAUCUGUCCCAGAAGCUUUACGCCUCCUUGGAGAAACACAAAGAGGUGUUCUUUGUGAUCCACCUCCACUCUGCUCCCAUGGCUAACACCCUGCCGCCCAUCGUUGACCCUGACCCCAUGCUCUCUUGUGACCUGAUGGAUGGCCGUGAUGCCUUCCUGACUCUGGCCAGGGACAAACACUGGGAGUUCAGCUCCCUCAGGAGGUGCAAGUGGAGCACCAUGUGCAUGCUGGUAGAGCUGCACAACCAAGGACAGGACCGCUUUGUGUACACGUGCAACGAGUGCAAGCACCAUGUAGAGACACGCUGGCACUGCACUGUGUGCGAGGACUUUGAUCUGUGCAUUAAUUGUUACAAUGUGAAGGGCCAUGAACACCAGAUGGUGAAAUGGGGCCUUGGCCUGGACGACGACAGCAACAGCCAGAGUGGAGAGGCCUCCAAGAGCCCGCAGGAGAGCCGGCGUCUAAGUAUCCAACGCUGCAUCCAGUCCCUGGUCCACGCUUGUCAGUGUCGCAAUGCCAACUGCUCUCUGCCGUCCUGCCAGAAGAUGAAGCGGGUGGUGCAGCACACAAAGGGCUGCAAGCGCAAAACCAACGGUGGCUGCCCUGUCUGCAAGCAACUUAUCGCUCUAUGCUGUUACCACGCAAAGCACUGUCAGGAGAACAAGUGUCCUGUCCCGUUCUGCCUGAACAUCAAGCACAAGCUACGCCAGCAGCAGCUGCAGCACAGGCUCCAGCAGGCCCAGCUGAUGAGGAGAAGAAUGGCCACCAUGCAAGGCAGAACAAUGCAACUACCGUCCCCACCGGCCACAGCUGCUCCCAGCACUCCCACUUCCCAUACCCAACCCAACACUCCUCAGCCAGCCCAGCAGCCGCUCUGCAACCAGCCGCAGACCCCCAACGCAGCAGGGGUCAUGUCCCCCUCUUUUCCCAACAAUGGCCAGCCUCAAACACCGGUGUCCCAGGGAAAACUUGGCCCCCAGGCUUCACCUCUACACCAACAGCAGUCCCCUCUCCCACAGCCGCCCCAGCCACCUCAGCAGCUACAGCAGCCGCCUCCCCUUGCUGCAGUCAAGAUGGCACGGCACAUCGAGAUGAUGGCACAGGCCCAGCAGAACCAGCAGAACUACCGGGUCAACAUGAACGGCCUAACCAUGAACCCCCAGCAGCCACAGCAGCGCAUGCCCGGACCGAUGCAGCCCACCAUGCAGAUGGUGCCGGGGCCAAGGGGACCACAGGUAAUGCAACCGGGCAUGCCUCCAGGUCAGUGGCCCGGAGCUGUAAGACCGAUGCAGGCAGCUCCGACUCAACAACCAGGCCUCGUCCCAGGCCAGACCCCACAGCAGGCCAUGACAAUGCAGCGAACCAUGCUAGCCCCCGGCCAGCAACCGCAGCAGGGUCAGAGGAUGUUGAUUCCACAGCAGCCUGGUGUCCGGCCACAAACGCCCCAGAGGCCCGGUGCUAUUGCACCCAACGCCUUGCAGGACCUUCUCCGCACACUCAAGUCUCCCAGCUCGCCCCAGCAGCAGCAGCAAGUCCUAAACAUCCUCAAAUCAAACCCUCAGCUCAUGGCUGCUUUCAUCAAACAGCGAACAGCCAAGUACCACGCCAACCAGCCGCAGCAACCAGGUCAGCCACAGCAGCCCGGCAUGCCAACAAUGCAGGCCAUGCCAGGAGGGGCGGUGCAGAGGCCGGGGAUGCCCCCACAGCAGCCUCAGCAGCCUCCUGUGCAGGGCAUGGCUGCAUUAGGGGCUCAAGGGCAGCUAAUAAACGCAGCUCACACCACCAACCAGAUCCAGGAGCUUUACCGCCGGCAGCUCUUAAGACAGCAGCAGCAACAACAACAACAACAACAGGGAGUGAUUCCUCAGGGCCAUCCUGGCCAGUUCCCUGCUCAGGCGCAGGGUACAGCAGCUACAUACUCCCAGCUUCGUAUGCAGCAGCAGCAGCAGCAGCAGCAGCUAGUCAUGCAGGCAGGUUCAGGAGCCGCUGGGGGACCUAUGGGCCAGCUCCCACCCAUGGCUCAGCUGGCCCAGCCCGGCAUGGGAAUGGACUCCACAAAGAACUUACUGCAUCAACGAAUGCUCCAGCAGCAACAGCAGCAGCUUCCGCAGCAGCAGGCCAUCCUCAAGCAGCAGUUGGGCUCUCCCGCCCAGCCCAGCCCCAUGAGCCCCCAGACCCACCUUCUGGCUGGCCAGCCCCAGGGUGCAGCCCACCUACCCGGCCAGCCCACAUUAGCCAAUGCCCUCAACAACCAGGUCCGCUCCCCCGCGCCGGUCCAGUCCCCCUGUCCGCCCUCGCAACAGCAGCCCCAGCAGCAGCGGCCACAUUCCAGUCCCUCGCCGCAGGUCCAGAACCAGCCCCAGCCCUCGCCGCAGCAUCCACACCCAGCACACUCGGGUUCCCCCCACCCGGUACUCGGGGGCCCGCUGUCAGGGUCCAUGGAGCAGGGACACUUGGGGACACCAGAACAAAGCGCCAUGCUACCGCAGCUUAACACGCCCAACAGAGUGGGACUGAACAGUGACUUGGGGUUGGUGGGAGAUGCUACAGGGGACACUCUGGAGAAGUUUGUGGAGGGAUUGUAGCAUUUCUGCUUGGAACUAAAGACACAAUCUCUCUCCCAGGGCCUCCCACCCCUCCCCCUCCCCUCAGACUCUUUGCCCCGUUAGAGGGCUUUGUUUGUUCUUUCUAAGGUUGAGAAAGUUUUUUUUUUUUUUUGUACGGACGUGUAAAAAGUUUCAACUGUUGUAAAAAGAAAAAAGAAAAUUUGGUCGAGGGGGGGAGAAAAAAAGUCAACACUUUGAGGGAAUGUAAUUGUUUCCUAAAGGUUGGUUGUUAAAUGAAAUUUAAACGACAAAGAAUAUAUUUUUUGGUUGAGACCAAAUGUGUUCAAUACUCAAUUUAUUUUUGGUUGGUUUUUGGUAUGGUUACAUGCCUUUCUCGUUUCUUUUUCUUUUUUAAAGAAAAUGUACAAUUGCAUUAUAUUAUUCAUAUCUUUUUAUUUUGUACCUUUGGAAAAGAAACUUAAAGCAUUGUGUGUUGAAACUGUAAAAUAAUUUGUCUGGGAAUUGGGCCAGGUUUUCGUUCUCUUCUGAAGCUGUCAUUCCUGGCAAUUGUACUCUAGUGUUGUACCAUUACUCCAAGACGGUGCGUUCAGGGACCGCUCCCCUCCUCUUUGUGUGUAUGAAGAGCACUCAGUUGUAUUGAAAUAGGAAAUGGACUGCGGCAGUUGUUUAUACACGGGCAUGUAUACAGGUGCACCUGAUGACACUGACACAAACUCUCACAGUCACUAAAGUAACUACAGCUCCGACUGGUUUCACAAACACAAACAAGAACUGCAACCCACAUCUCAGUGACCUGGAAUUUGGAAAGAUCUGUCUGGCAGGUGUAGGACAUUGUUGCUUUGACAUUAAAAAGAAUUUGUCAUACUUUUUGUCAUAAAAAUGUUGUAAAGUGUAAAGAGAGUGUGAGAAAGAGACCAGCCUCCUAAGCUGAGGUGGAAUGAUCGCCGGUUGUUUGUAGGCCGCAUCUCUGACGCUUCAUCCUCUAAAUUUUACACUAAGCUGUGUGCUUUCUAGGGAUGAAGGGACAAUUUGAGAUCCACCCUGAGGAAAACUACGUUAUCAACCCGCAUUCCUCCCUCGCAAAAACUUGAAUUAGGGGGAUUUACUUUUUCUCCUAUUGUAAAUCAAGUUAUUAAGCAAAAUACUAUAAAUAUAAGGAAGAGAAAAAGAAAACACUGUAUAAACUGCUUAAAAGACUCAUUUCUUACUUAUAUACCAUAUUGUUAAAUAAACUCUGUGCAGCAGAAGAACUCCAGUACUCUGUUGACUCAAUAAU